UCAAUAAGUUGAUGCACUAGAAUGUAAAAAUCUUUAAAUUAACUUCUUUAUGCUUUGAAAUACUGCAUUAUCAGCAUCAUUAUGUGCGAUGCAGAUGACCAGAGACUGAAUUAUCAGCAGAUGCUAACGGAGAUAUCAUCGGUGCUGGAAACUACCGCCGAAUCUAGCGAUGCAAACGCUUUAAAAUUAAAUCAGGAGCUGCAGCGGCGUCUGGAACAAGUGCGCACAUCUAUGCUGGAGCUACUGAAGCAAGUGCGUGCUCGCUACGCACGAAACGAGGAGAUACUUAUUCGCCGGCUAAAGCCGCGUACUCGUUAUUCAGUAUUGGGAAGCGGUUCCGUUUCCGAAAACAUUGGCCAAAGUGGCGCGGUUCUUCGGGGUGGAACCUUUCGUUUCAAGGGCAAUUUAUAUUUUCGAGAUGUGGACGGGCGCAGCUGUCCCAACAAUGAGGAUUACAACAGUCGCUGUGCCACUGAAAUGUUUCCCACGGAUUUCGAUAUGCGUUCCAAACAUGUCUGGACAGUGCUCGACAAGAAGAACGUGGUAAUGGGCAUUAAGCAGCAGCUGCUCGAUCAUAUAACCGAGCAAUCCAAAACAGAACCAACUAUCAGCAAACCAAAAAAACGCAAAGCCAUUGAUUUACAUGAGCAAACGCUGGCCAGUCUCCUUAAUUCAGCCGAUAGCAGCUUUAGCAUUGACUGGAAUCAAAUUAGCACACUGGAUGUUGAGCUUCGUCAUUCAUCCUACAGCUGUGAAGCCAUGUGGCUUGUGUAUUUACAUCCGCAGCUUAAACGUGACGAUUGGACAAACGAAGAGGAUGAGAAACUGGUAGAUGCGGCACGGGCCAAUAAGCUGCAAAACUGGAAAGCGAUUGCGGCUGCAGUGCAUCAGCGGUCCGAAUACCAAUGCUUUGUCCGCAUGCAGACAACGCUAAGAUUUAACCUGGAGCCAGCGAGUAACUUCAAAUGGAGUGAACUGGAUAAUGAGAGACUGCGAAAUAUAGUAUCACAAAAUACGGUGAACGGUGUUAUUAAUUGGUCCGAGGUAGUCGAGCACUUUCCGGGACGAUCCCGAUCCACAUUAAUUGGACGUUACAUGUAUGUCCUGCAUCCCAGCAUAAGUCAUGAACCCUUUACCCCUAAGGAAGAUUUGAUGCUGUUUUCUGCCUUUGAGCAGUACAAUGGCAAGUUCAAUUGCUUUCCACGCACACUGUUUCCAAAUCGAUCGCUGGCACAGUUGCGGACCCGCUACCACAAUGUGUUGGCCCAGCGUAAUAAGACGGACUCCUGGUCGGUGGAGGAUGAUUCCAAGUUGAUAGAAUUUGUGUCCAAGCAUGGCACCUCUCAGUGGGUGAACUGUGCCAAUCAUUUGGGUAAUCACACGCGUACCAGUUGUCGCACACGCUUCCUGGUCAUCAACCGUUUUGUGGAGCAGCAUCCUAAUGCCCAGAUUUCCGACAUACCCCGUCGAAAGACAAACAAAAAAGCCCAGGUAACCGCCGAUAAUUGGACGCAACGAUUGGAGGAAUUCAAUGAAGACCCGGAUUCAUUACUCUCUAUGGAUGUAACUCAGCAAAAUCCUAAACCGAAGAAGAUCAAACAGGAGGCACUGAGCUAUGCAGACACUUUACGUGGCUGGGACCUUCGCAUCUAUGAUUACUUUAAGUUUGCCUAUAAUCUUAACCUGCGAUCUGCCCCGACACCCGUUCCCCUACCUAGAGAUGCACGUAACUUCUAUGCUGUAGCCAACGCCCUGAGCUUCAGACCACCAGCCACCGGUAACAGGUUAAUUGAGAGCUUUUCACUGUGCCGGCAGCUAAGUCGGUGCUACAAUAAAAUGUUAUGUCAACUGCCUCCGCCGCCUAAUGAUAUGAAAGCAACACCAACGGAUCAGCUGCUGCCACCUAAUUGGUCCACGAUGAUGGGGUUCCGUUCCAUUUGCAUAUGGCAUUGUUGUAAUCAAGCAACCAGCGUACAGUCGACAUUUAAUUACGAUGAAUCUCAUCCAGCUGUGCAGCUAUUUCGACAAAGGUUACGUACCCUCUUCUAUCGGACCAUACUCUUGAGUCGCCUGGAGACAACCGAGUUUGCGCAGCUGCCAGAGGCGUUGAUGCAGCAGCCGCGUCCAGUACCAAACUGCGCCCUGCCAGAGACGGGUAAAUGCGUUAAUCCCACAUCGCAUCGUCAGCCAAAGAAGCAGCUUAAGUUACAGAAAUCUAAAGUAAUUAGUGGUUUGAGAGCCCAAGAAACGGCGCACAGGCAAAUCCAAGAUUUGGAGCGUAUGACGAGUGUGCGACAUAGUCUAAAAUCCGAACCAAAUGACUCCCACGAUGUGCUUAAUGUUAAGCAGGAAUUAUCCUUUGACUAGUUCAAGUCAAAAUAAAAACGUACAUCAAAUUGGUUUAAAUAGAUUUUAUAAUUACUAAUAUCGUAUUUAUGUAUAUGUAUGUAUGUAUAUAAUAAUAACUAACAAUAUGGAAGAUAUCCCUAUACAAAAGAACAAAUUGUUGAUUUCAUAUAGAGAUAUAUACCUUUAUAAAUUAUGUAUUAUGUAUAAGUAUUUCAAAUCGCGUAUGGUAGGUUCUUUAGGUACUUAUUAUGUGGUUAGAAAAACAAAUUGCAAGCAUUUCUUUAGCGGGUUCUAAUAAAUCACGCUAUUAGCUAGAUUAUUGCA